GAAUAUAGAACCGAGGAGAACAGGCCUGUUUGGGAAGAGGGAACAGAGAAGAACAGGCUUGUUUGGGAACAGGAAACAGAAGAGAACAGGCUUGUGUGGGAACAGGGAACAGAGGAGAACAGGCCUGUUUGGGAACAGGGAACAGAGGAGAACAGGCUUGUGUGGGAACAGGGAACAGAGGAGAACAGGCCUGUUUGGGAACAGGGAACAGAGGAGAACAGGCUUGUGUGGGAAGAGGGAACAGAGAAGAACAGGCCUGUUUGGGAACAGGGAACACAGGAGAACAGGACUGUUUGGGAACAGGGAAAAGAGGAGAACAGGCUUGUGUGGGAACAGGGAACAGAGAAGAACAGGCCUGUUUGGAAACGGAGCUCAGUCCUCUAA